AUGGGAGAUACUGAAAAUCAGUUAGAAAAUUUACCAAUAACUUCCAGCGAAAGCAGCAUAAAAACACUUAUAGUGCAAACCAUAAAAGAAAAUAUUGAUGAAAUACUUUCUAGAUCACUUACAAUCAGCUGCAUUCAAGAAGAGAUUGAUAGGCGCUAUAAACAUAGCAAAAGUGAAUUAAAUGAAUUCAUCAGAACCCAGCAUAACUACAGCUAUGAUAUUAAGCAAGCUUUAAAUAAAUCAAAGGCUUGCUUUGAGGAUAUCCAGAGGCUUCAAGUUUAUAUAGACGAAAUCAGCGCAGAUCUCAAAUUUAAAGCUUACCAAAUCGAUCUUCAAAAACUAGGUGAAGAAAUUAUACUAUUAUUAAUAAAUUUCACCUUUUAUUAUCGAAUUAAUUACCUCUAUAUUUGGCUUAUUUUUUAGACGUUUUAAUGUAAAAGAUUAUAAAUAUUUAUGCCCCAUGUCAUAUGCCCAACAAUUAACAGCUGAAAUAAGAUCACUAGCCAAAGCUGAAGAUCUCAUAAAAACCAAUGAAGAUCUAAAAAAGUUUGAAAUUGAAGCAUGAGAUACCUUCAUUUCUAAAGAUGAUUUUGGAGAGCAAAUGAAAAAGACUAAAGAAGAGUUUUAUGAGCUGUUUAGAGGGUAUGCCAAAUCAGAAGAUCUUCAAAAAUUAUUAGAAAAUGUCUCCAAACAUCAAGAAAGUGUAAGAAAAGAGCUCGAUGUCUCUAAAGCAAGAAUGAACCAAUGAGGAUCUCUUUUGCAGCAAUCUAUAAACGAUAUCGCUGAAGAUAUCAAAAAAACAGCUACAAAAGAAGACUUGUCAGUGGUAACUGAACAGCUUAAUAUUAAAGCUUAUAAGUCUGACCUAGAAAAACUUGAGCGAUCAACACUUCCUAAAAUCGAAGAAUUUAAAACUUGUAUAAAAUCUUUUCAGUACCAAAUGGUCGAUCAUGAAGCAGUUUUGAGCAGAUUUGAUGAACUGAUUCUUGAAAAGGCUUCGAAAUAUGACUUACAAAAAAUAAGCCAAAAAAUUUCAGCUGUUAUAAAGCAUGCAAGUGUAGAAGUAAAAGUUGAUGAUGUCAUAACAAAAUUAAAUAUAUAUUGCUUUAUAUUGAUUUAAAUUAUUUUUAAAAAAAAAUAAGGUUUUUAUAAAUAGGAUUUGGGCUUUAAAUUUAAUCAAUCAUGAUAUAUUAAUCGCUGAUAAAGGAGAAAAAGAAGAAGUCAUAAAGAACAUGCAAGCACAGAUAACGAAAUUAAAAGAAUAUUGUGAUAAAAGAUAUAGCGAUUCUGGGGAUCUGAAAAUCAUCAAAGAAAAAUUGCAGAAUUUUGAAAGCGAGAUGUUAAGAAAAAUAGAUAGAGAAGAUACAAUAAAUCUUGUAAGCGAGAAGGUAGACAUAAGCGAAAUUAAUAGACUGAUGGAGUCAAUUGAGUCUGUUCAUAAGCAAAUAAAGCUUUUAGCUGUACAGUUUGGGACUAUGCAAAAGAGAUUUAUAGAUUCGAGCCCAUCAGCUGUAGGGAAAUUAAAGAAAGACAAUUUUUAUAAAAUCACACAAAAAUUAGUCGAUUAUAUUGUAGUUUCUAAGCCAACUGCUGAUGACCCACCUUUGAAUAAUCAAUUGAAGUCAUUCAUAAAACUUCCUGAUAGCAGUAGACUUACCCCAGAACCUCCUAAAAACACGACUCCAAGCACCAGAAUGCUAACUCCAAGCUCAAGAAUAUUAACACCUCACAGGCGUACAUUUAAUUCCUUCGAGCAAUUAUAA